GGUAAUAAAAAACCGCCUCCGAGCGGUCGGUAGACUCGAGUACGAACGCGUUUAAAUUAUACUGGCACGUCGAUUGAGAGACAUCGAAGGAAGCAUAACGGUCUCAUCAUGGCUCCUGUGAAUGGUGGAAGCAUUUUGAAAUUCGCCAAAAUAUCAGAUAAAGCUUUCGCACCUACGAAAGGUUCAGCUUUAGCGGCUGGAUACGACUUGCGAAGCGCUUAUGAGUGCGUUAUACCGGCUCGAGACAGAGGUUUGGUGAAAACGGAUAUACAAGUGCAACUUCCACCUGGUACUUAUGGCAGAAUAGCUCCAAGAUCUGGUUUAGCAUUGAAAAAUUUCAUAGAUGUUGGUGCGGGCGUCAUCGAUGCGGACUAUCGCGAAGAAAACGUAUGGAAGCUGUGCCAGGACGUCGCUACCAAACACGGAUCGGAAUUGCAACAUUGUCACGUUGCCUUUAUAAGCAAUUCUCGACGUAGCGUUCCGCUUUGGCGUCAACGAGCUGGAAAAGACGAGGACAAGCUCGUGGUUUGGGAUUAUCACGUUAUCCUCAUUUACGCGCCCGACGAGAGAGCCGUGGUUUACGAUUUGGAUAGCGCUUUACCGUUCCCAACGCAUUUUUGGAAAUACGCUACGGAGACGUUCAGAUCGGACGAGGCCCUGCGACCGGAAUAUCACAGAAGAUUCCGAUUGGUUCCCGCCAGUCUCUAUUUGCAACAGUUUGCCUCGAAUCGGCAACACAUGAAACGCGAGGACGGCACGUGGAUCAAAACGCCGCCCGAUUAUCCUCCGAUUUCAACGCCAACGUGCAAAGACAAUUUGGAUUCGUUUAUCAACAUGGACCCGAGUACCGGAUUAGGAACCGUCAUGAGCCUGAAACAGCUAGUGAACAGAUUCUAUAGGCCGAACGUUAACACACCGGCAUCGCCCUCACCUCAGACGCAAGCAACUCCGACUUAAAAACGAACGACCUCGAGAACGAGUACUUACGCGUGCUCGAAGCCUUUUGCUUCCCUUGAAAAAAAAAAAGAAAGAAAGAAAGAAAGAAAAAUUUACAAAAUCAUUAUUAUAUCGUGUGGCCUAAGAGAGAGAGAAUCGAUAGGUGCUCGUCGUAUGUCGUAUCUACGACUCUCCUCCCGUCGAGGGGUUCGAUACACCUUUCGAGAUACAUACCCACAAGCGUCUCGUUGUACAUAGGUCGCGCGUCUUGUCUUCUUGUGUCCUCUUCUCGUGUGGCAACGCACACGAGCAGAAAAGUAUAUAUAACAGCGAAACGAGUCGAGUCGCGAUACGAGUUCUCGUAGUUCGCGAUGAUCCUAUCGGAUAUUCGUUCGCUUUGUCAAACAUAUCGAGGAACGUACGAAAUACGCGCAAGGUAAGAUAUUUUUUAUUUUAUUCCGUUAGUAAUGUAAUAAUGAUAAUGAUAAUGAUAAUGAUAAUAACGCGGAGGAUCCUCGUUGGUCCUCUGCGUUCGUUAAAAGUACGACGGGACACUUUUCUUUUCUAUCCACGUGUUUCUGUCCUUCACGGAAAAUCAAACUACGAGGUCGCCGUUGCUCGAAAAAAAAAGGAAAAGAAGAAGAAGGUAAUUUGGUGGCUCCUUUAUACGCACACAUUUGUCAGUGAUUUAUUCGUCGGUAAGUACUACGACCAUCGUAUAUUUUAGGAAGGAUUCUUCGUAACGUUUCUCUACUCUUUUUCGAGGGUAUAUUUUCAUCUUUCUCUUUCUAAAUAUUUCUACUCGAGCCUUCUACCCCGUUCUCUAUCGCGCACAAUGUUACGACAUUUGACCACGCAUCAAAAACUUAAGUCGCCUUUUAUAAGUGUUCUCGUCUACGGAAAAAAGAGGAAAAAUAAAAACGUUUGAUGAUUAUACACACGUACGCGCGCAUAUAUAUAUAUAUAUAUAUAUAAAUAUACAAACACAGAGAGACAUAUAUAUAUGGGUGCGCAUGUAUGUAUAAAAGAAGAUCUUUCUAACUCAGCUUUACUCUUUAUCAGUGGUAUUAUUAUACUUAUUGUGUCAAAGACUGAUGUAUUUACGGGAGAAUCCCAAACACGAAGAAAAUCCCUUUGGUGAUAUUCGUUGGCGCGUGUUCGUUGCACGAACGCGAUUAAAGCGCUUAUAAUUAAUGUGUGAUCGAUAAUGUAAGAAGCAACGUCUUACUCUCUUGCGAGAUAAUUGUAAUUAUAAACGAUUAUUAUAAUCCUUGUGAUACUUUACACUUUCUACUUUGAAUACUUACGCUGUACUUAUCUACCGUCGUUUGUACUAUAUGCCAGAGAUUCUUAAAAUUCUUACGAACCAUGCGUUUGCUCGUCGAUGAAGAUUAACCCGGCAUGAUAUCGAAUACAUAUAUCGAGUAAUCGGUAGAAACAAAAAAAAAGAGAGAGAGAGAAGCACCCCGUUCGAAUCAACGAAUUUAUAAAUUCUUUUUUUUUUCGAAGCGACGCGAAUUAUCCUCGGACAACGAAGGAACUUUAAACAAAUAUCUAUAUAUCUCGUUCCGCGUUAAUCGUUAAAUCGAUUCGAUUCAUUCGAACUUUUUUUUUGCGAUCAUUAGAAUCCAAUUAGAAUCUAAAAAUAUUGCCAUGAUUUCAUCGCGAAGACGUCGCUUAUCUCUAUGUAAGUAGAUACAUGGAUAUAAAUAAUCCGGAAGAACUUCAUCGGCGAACGGCGGAUUAGGAAAAAGUAUUCAUUUUCUCGUGUAUAACGUUCGCGAGUCGACAACCUCGAGAGAGUUCGUCCACUCUUUGCCUUCCAAAAAUUCUUACUCGCUCGCUUUAUUCUCCUUCAUCUCGACAAUGUCUUUGAUCUCUUCGACUCUUUUACAUUACAUAUAUACAUAUAUAUAUAUCAUGUUACACUACGACCAAACGAGCAGGAAAAAAAUAUAUCCUGCUUAUCGAAGCGUAUUUUCGAUGUAGUCAAAGGGUAUUUGCGAUAAAAAAAAAAGAAAAAAAAAACAACAACAAAAAAAACAAAAAGUAAAAAAAAAACACAACAAAAAAAGGUCAUUCCUUUUCUCUUCUUCUUGUUAAUACGUACCAAAAGAAUUUAUUGCCUUUAUACGAAAUGUCGGGCACCGUGUUACGCACUUCGGUGAUGUGUAGUACCGAGCUCUUUAUAUACAUUAUAAUAAAAUUGUUACACUUGUCGAGACAAACAAGAUGAAAAUACAGAAAAAAGA